UGGAUGGCCGGCUGCCGAGCAGGGCAGCCCGGGGGCCGGUGUGUUAAAUGCCAGCCCAGGUGCUGGAGCCUGAGCACAGAGAGCUGCCGGGCCCGUGUCCCGGGCUCUGCCUGCUCCGCCCGGCUCAUGCGUGCACAGCCUGCUCCGGAGAGCGCUCCGGCCGCCGGGGGCUCCGCGGGGACCGUGGAAUCUGAACUCUGGAAACCAGCCACAGAGUGAAAAAACAGCGCUUGGGCAGACAGAGCUGAGAUGGAUGAUGAGAGAACAAAUCAAAAUGCCAGCAAAUUGCAAGGAGCUGGAGGCCAGGCAUGUGCAGCGUCUCCAUCAAACCCGCUGAUGAGGGACUUUGUUUCAGACUGGUCUCCUUUACAUGAGGCCUCUAUCCAUGGGCGUCUGCUUUCUCUGAAGAAGCUCAUUGAACAGGGGAGUGAUGUCAAUCUUGUCACAGCAGACCAGGUGUCUCCCCUCCAUGAAGCCUGCCUAGGGGGUCAUGCUGCCUGUGCCAGUGUCCUGUUAAAACAUGGUGCUCGGGUGAAUGGAGUCACUCUUGACUGGCACACACCAUUGUUUAACACGUGUGUCAGUGGCAGUGUGGCUUGCUUGAAUUUACUGCUGGAGCAUGGAGCCAGCCUGCAGCCUCCCUGUGACCUGGCAUCCCCCAUCCACGAGGCUGCUAAGAGAGGUCAUGUGCAGUGUGUCGAGCUCCUUGCAUCCCGUGGGGUAAAUAUAGAUCACAACAUCAAGCACCUGGGUACUCCUCUUUAUGUAGCGUGUGAGAACCAGCAACUGAACUGUGCCAGGAAGCUGCUUGAGUCAGGAGCAAAUGCGAACAGCGGCAAGGGCCUGGACUCCCCUCUGCACACGGCUGCCAGGAAUUGCAGUGUGGAGCUGGUGAAGCUGCUGAUUGACUUUGGAGCAGAUGUUUGGGUGAAGAACGCUGAAAACAAGAGGCCAGUGGAGCUGGUCCCACCUGGCUGCCCUGUGGGCCAGCUGUUCCUGCAGAGAGAAGGGCCACUGUCCUUGAUGCAGCUGUGCCGCCUGUGCAUCAGGAGGUGCUUUGGAUACAAGCAGCAUCAAAAAAUAACUGGACUUCUCCUCCCAGAUGAGCUGAAGCAUUUCCUUCUCCACAUUUGAGCCUUUGCAUGUUCAAAAUGGUGCCUUUAAUAACACAGCAAGAAAUGGGUCGUGUUGACACCAAAGUGCAGUUCUGACCACUCUGCUCACUUGGCUGCUCCCCCAGGGGUAUCAGCUGCCUGAUUCUUGCAGGAGCAAGGAUACUGAGACUCCAG